AUGACAGACUCUUCUUGCUCUUGUUGCAAACUUCUUGGAAAACCUCCGGCACGAGUAAAUUUUAUCAUGACUACAGGUGUACCAGAUAGUUUAGUUUAUGAACGAAUUGAAUAUUUGCUUGAAAAUUAUUCCGAAUCUUCUUCGUCUGCCAAUGAUAUUUCUGUAACAAAUUAUAAAACAUUGAUGGAUAUUAGUCGACACUUGUUUGAUAUUCAAAAGCAUUCGUUGUCAAAUGAUCUGUCAGCAGCAUCUGAAACACAGACAUGUUGUCACGGAUUUACUACUAUAUCAAUUACUAAUGAUGAUAUAUCAAAUUCUUCCAAGUUAAAGACAUUAGAAAAAGUUAUUCUUAAUCAUCUCGAUCCAAAAGCUGAUCUAGAAACAGAACAGAAAAACACAACAUCUAAACCAGAAACUUGGAUUAUGCUGGACGGAUCAGCCUGUUUAGAACCACCUGUACUUAGCAUAUUUUCUCGUCUUCAAAAUCAUAGUUCACCGUUAUUAAAUUUUUCUUUAACUAUAUUAUGUUUUCUUGUUGAUGAACAACGCCUUUUUGAAAACUGGCUAAAUCAAAAUAUUUCAAUUCAUGAUUAUCAAUCGAAUACUUAUCCUAAAUAUGAACGUCUAAUGAACAAUUUCUUUCCUUUAUUAAAUUCUUCAACAUAUCUUCAACAGAAUACAUUACUUAUUGAAGAACAAACCGUUUUAACUGAUCAUGAACUUCAAACAUUAAUAAAAAAUCUUUACCAUAAUAAAUCAACGAAAUAUAGAGCAACUAACGUUCAACUUCGCCAAUACAUGGCAAAACUACUAUCACCCCGUCAACGAACGGUACGUGAUAUACGUAAUGUUCGAUCUAAUUUACAGAAAAACUAUGAUCAAUUUAUCAAGAAUCGAUUAAGACCACUUUUCAAUGAACUUCAACAAUCACAAACAGCUGCCAGUGGUGCACGCCAGAUAGUUAAUAUUGUUCUCAAUGAAUUUGAGCGUAUGAACGAAGAAGAACUGAGAGUUUACAAAAGACAGCUUAUACUUGGCUUCGAAUUCUAUAAGGCAGAUCAUUCAAAUACAAUUGCCUCUCAGCUAGUUCAUUAUGCUCUUCAAUUGCUUAAAAAUAAUGAUGAUACUUCAAUACCAUUUAUAUAUUCCAUAGUUUUAGUAAUCUGUAAAUUAGGUACUCAUUUUUACUUCCGUCAUGAAUUAUUCAAUAAUACACCUGAAAUAUACACAUUAAGUUUGUUGCUUGUAAGUCAACGACAAUAUGCUUUAACAUUAUGUGGUCUUCGACUUUGUAUAACUAUUCUGAAUGGUGAUCAAAACGAGCAUAAAUAUGCACUUGCUUAUUUAACACAUGAUUCGUUAGCAGCACGCAAAAUUCUAGAUGCUGUUAAAUGGCUUCUAUCACCUUAUAUAACACUCAAAAAUUUAUGGAAAAACGAAAAAGAAAAUGAAGUUUCUGAGGCAAACAAAGAAGAAUCAGCCUUGCAUAAAGCUGAGAGAUGUUGCUUUCAGCAUGCAGGUAUUCUAGUCGGACGAGCUUAUAUAAGUAGUAUUACAUCAUUAUAUUAUGGAUCAGCUGACCAUUGUGCAUUAGUGACAGAAGAUGAUGUGCGCAACUUUCUCGAAGUCAUUAAUAUCUUAGCCACUCCUCGUCUGGCUAAUUGGAGUCGAGGCGAAAACAAAUCUCGUUUAUGUUUGGAACUUGUCGGUCAUUUAUGCGCCUUUCUAACUCCUAUUCUCCAAUAUAGCUUACCUUCCGUUUGUUCGGUAUUACUAAAUCAUGAUGAUCUGUUGUUAACCAUUCCAAAAACUAUUCGAUAUUUGAUCACAGCCGAUGAAGAUAUGGCUAAUAUAUGCGUUCGUUUUUACACACGAUUUGUUCAAUUAAAAUGUAAACAAGAGCAAGUCGAUGACGAUAUCGAAGAUGAAAAACAAGAAGAAUCCUCCAAUAAAUUGGUAGAUGUACCGAUUCUUAGUUCAUCAGAUUCAUUAAACCUUUCUAAAGAUUUAAUCUCGGCAUAUUUCGAUUUACACCAACGUAUACAAAAAACAACUUCCAUUGAUGAAAACGUUAAACAACAAGAACAAAUAAAAAUACUAUUUAAUCAAGAAUGGACAAAACUAAAUGUUAUACAAUUGCAACAUGAUCAUCAGCAGCUUCAACAUCAACACAAUUUACUCAAUGACGAACUUUCACAAUUAAGAAAUCAAUUGCAACGUACUCAAGCAGAAAGAGAUGAAUUUAGAAAAGAAAAUAUGAAUAUGGCUCAGCAGAUUGACAAUCUCAAACUUAUAUCUGUAACUAGCGUCAAUCCACAAUCUCAACAAUCAUCAGUCUCUGUUUCAACUCAUGAUAACAAUCAAGAAAGUAUUAUUGAUAAGUUGCAAAACCUUUCUUCGCAUGAUAUUACAACUGAACAAGCAGAAGCAUGUAUUCAAGAAAUUUAUCAUCGACGAAGCACAUUUAAUGAUCAUGAUAUGAGAAAAUCUAUUUGUGGAUCACUUAAACAUCUUGGUUCUGAUCUUUAUAGUUCACCUGUACACUUUCUUCACGAACUCAUUCAGAAUGCUGAAGACAAUUUUUAUACGAAUACAACUAUACCAUGUUUACGUAUCGAACUCAAUCAUAGUUAUAUUCUUCUAUCGAAUAAUGAACAAGGUCUUCGAGUACAAGACGUUUUAGCUCUUUGUAGUUUAGCUGUAAGUACAAAAACAAGUCAACAACAACAUAUUGGUGAAAAAGGUGUCGGAUUCAAAUCAGUUUUUGCUGCUUCCAAUCAACCCAUGUUAUUUUCACAUGCAUGGAAAUUUGCAUUUCACGUUCCAGGUAUUGAUGCUAUGUCAUAUAUAACUCCAUUAUGGAUAAAAGAUCAAGAUAUUCCUGAUUAUAUUUCGAAACAAAUCUUAACAAAUACUCAAGAUACACAUCUCUAUUUACCACUUAAAUAUCAAGCACAUACAACAGAAGCUGAUCUAUUUCUCAAUCAAGUUAACAAAGCUGUAGAUCCAUGUAUUUUACUCAAUAUGAGACAAUUGAAAAAGCUUGAAAUUAUUGAUCAAAGACAAAAUAAACUUACAAUUAUUGAAAAACAACUGAUAGGAUCAACAAAAUUAGCACAACAAUCGGAAGUAACAUUUGAAGAUUUUACAUUUAUAGAUCUUAAUGGAUCUAUGAUUCAACUAUGUACUUCAUCAGGCUAUCAUACUUUUCGAGUGUAUACAUGUUAUAUUGAUGUACCGAAUUCCAUUGAACAACGACGAUCAUCAAAAACUCGACUUAUUAUGGCAUUUCCUUGUGAAAAUAAUUAUUGUUUAACAAGUACAGUUUAUGCAGGUUUACCUGUCUGUGAUCUUGGUUUUAAUUUUGUUUUUAAUGCUGAUUUUCAAUUAGUUACAAAUCGAGAAAAUGUUCGAGAAAAUGUUCCAUUUAAUUCAUUUAUUCGUGAUCAUUUAUCAGCUCUUUUUGUUUAUCUGUUAUUAAAUGAUUUAGACUUAAGAAAAGAUAUUAGUCGAUAUUGUCCAUCAUCUAAUAUACAUCAAAUUAAACAUUCAUCAUGGUGGCUGGUUAUGAUAGAUAGUAUUAAUGAAUUAAUAACUAAAUAUCUUGCAAUAUUAUUUGAUAUUCAAACAGGCAAAUCGAUUCGUUACUUAAAUAAAGACUUAACAUCACUUGUAUCAAAUGAACAAUUAUAUAAUUGUGCUGAUAUUCAAGUAAUUAAUUCCGAUGAUAGUUUUUUAACAAGUGAACGAUUGAAAUCAUUUCAAAUUCAAUCAGUUUCAAUUAUGGAUGUUCUCAAUUGUUUUCCUAAUCAAGAAGUAACGAAUGAAUUUCAACAAAAAUUUAAAUUAUGGGCACAAAAUCAAAAUGAACAAUGGUGGUCUCAACUUUUUCAUCACAUAAAUCAAAUAAUUACAUGUGAAAUCUCUGAUAAAAUAUUAUCGAAACCAAUAUUUCUUUUACAACAUGAUCAUCAACGACAAUAUUUACCAAAAAAUGAUAAUAUUCGUUUUCUUUUCUUUAUUACUGAUGAUGCAUCAUUUCGAAUAUGGAAACGACAACUUAUUUUAUUACGAUAUUCUUCAACAUCAGAAAGAGAUGUUCUUCUUAAAUCAAAUCAUAUACAACUUCUUACUGAAGAACGUAUGAUUGAAAUUAUUCGUCUUGAUCAUUUACAACUAUCUCUAUCAUCAUCGAUUAUAAAUACCGAUGUAAAAUUAAUUGAAGAAAUAUGGAAUGAUUUAUUUUAUUUGAAAUCUCGGCUAGAUAAAUUAAAUAAAUCAACUCAUUUUCUAGUGCCAACUAGUGGAACAACAAAUCUUGUUUCAAUUCAAAAUGCGAUUUUACCAACAAUCUUUGGGAUAGAUAUUCAAUCAUUUAUGUAUCCUACAACAUUACCUGUCAUUCUUCUUACGUAUCUCAAGUUUCAUCAUGAUCAUCAAUUGAUGAAUAUUCUUGAAUGGGAACAUUUUUUCCUUGAAAUGAACUGUCAACGACCAUCUAUUUAUCUCUCUCGUGAUUAUACUAUUGAUAAAUUACCACUUUUACCAACAUUUACAAUGUUUAAAGAUGAAAAAUGUGCUCAAUUAGGAGAAAUGAUCUUAUUAAAUCAAACAGAAAAUACAAAAGAUUGUCUUUGUCAUUUUCCUAUUGUUGAUAAUUCACAAAACGAACAACAAAUUAGUCCAGUUUCAGCUACAUUCGAUGAACUUAUCGUUCGAGAUCUACCAUCAUUACCACGUAUUACUAUUCCACCUUAUUGCCGUAGACUAGCAUUGAAUCUUAAUGUUUGUGUUGAAUAUGAUCUUCGUACAUGUGUUACUAUUUUACAAUUGUUAAGUAAUGAAAAAAAUACUAACAUUAAUUUAUAUAUUCAAUGGUUAGGCCAUUUACAAUUGUAUGUUCGUCGACAACAUGAUCAAUUUAAUUCAAAAGAAUUACUUUCAUCAUGUCAUUUGUAUCUUCCUGAUCAAAAUGAAUUUUAUUCGCUAAAACAAUUAUUAGUUAUAUCAGACAAUGAAAAAUAUCAUAACGGUAUUUUGUUGGUUUCAAAAUAUCUUAAAUUACAAAUAAUUUCACCAUCGAUUAAUCAGAUUUAUUGGCAAUUCAAAGAUCUUUUUCAGUUUUUAGGUUGUACAUGUACAAUAACUAUCAGUCAUAUUUAUCAAACAAUUUAUUUAGCAACUCUUGAUAAAACUAAUUUUUUUGCUUUGGGUGAUUGUCAUACAAUUCUCACAGAAAAUGGAAUGGAAUCAAUGAUUAUUCUUUUUCAAUAUCUUGAAAAUUUAUUAUUAAACUGUGUAGAAGAAAAUAAACAAAAUAGUGCCGAUCUAUAUCAUGCAAUAGUUGAAAAAAAACAUCCAACAGCACCAUGUGGUAGUCGAGAAGAUCUAGAAUGGCGUUUUAGUUUUACUUGUAAUUCUUUAUCACAACAACUAAAACAGCUCAGUGGUGUGCAAUCUCAACAAAAUGAAAGUGGUCUCCUUACCAUAGAUCGACAACUUAUAAAACAAGAGAACAAUAAAAAUAUUUAUGCAUGCUUAGAAACUAAAAUUAUUCAAAAUUUAUCCAGAGAUAUUGGUAAACGAUAUUUUAUUUCACCAGUAAUUACUCAAACAUGUCCAUUAGUUUUGGCUAUAUUUCAAAUUGAUUAUGUCGAACGACGAGGAAAACUUGAAUGGAUACAUAAAAAUCAUAAUCUUGAAUAUGGUCUGACACAAUUAACAGAAAUUUUUCGUAAUACACUUGCCGAUAUUAAAAUAGAAGUGAUUACAGCAAAAUAUGCCAGUGUAACUCUUCUUUUUUCUGAUACUUUCGUAAUUGAUUCAAUUGAUGAACAGAAUGAAGAUGAUAUCGAACGAUAUAUGGUUGAUAGUGAUUAUCCUUUUUGGAUAUUUAAUAAUAUUAUUCUGCUUUGCACUGGAAGUGAACAGCAUAAUUCAUCGAAAGCAAUUAUUGCAACAUCUGCUCUUACCACUUUAUUACAUAAACGAAAGUAUUUACCAUUCGAAGAAGCUAAAUCAAUCGCUCGACAAAAGAUAGGUGCAUGUACAGCAUUUCGUUCGGAACAGAUUUCCAACGUAGCUAGUGCAGCAACUGGUAUAUAUUCAUAUACUGAUUUACUAUUUCCUACGGAUCAUCAUACUAUUGAAUCAUUGAUUAUCUCAAUUGGAAAACAUUGUAGUAUCGAACAAGAUCAAGAAGAUAAUACUUUAACUACAAUUGCUGCAAAUCGAAUCGCUAUAGAUAAAAUAUACCGUAAUUUGACAAAUACACAACAUCACAUUCCUCGACACGAGAGCAAUCCAAAUAACUGGACUGAUCCAUCGAUUGUUGAUGGUAUUGAACAGAUUACUAUUGGUCGCAAUGCAGAACAUUUCUUUUUUACCUAUUUACAAAAAUGUUAUGGUUCUGUAGAUGUAACUCCAACAAAAAACUGGCGUUCAUCAUCGCGUCUUAUUAAUCAUCCAAACUGCCGGCGUAAUAUAGAUGAUUCAGUUGGUUAUGAUUUUGAAUUACAUGAUACACGUGAAAUAUUUGUGCAUGGAACAGGAUCAAUAACCAAAUAUUGUUAUUUUGAAGUGAAAGGUACAAGUGGACUAUUCCACAAAGCACAUACUCUCUUUCACAUUUCUGAAAACGAAUUGAGAACAUGUGAAGCCAUUGCAAACGAUGGAAAAAGACGAGAACGCGAAGCAUAUUUUAUUGUUAUUAUACAGAACUGUCUUGAUGCUGAAAAAAUUUCAUUUGGUACUACAAUUAACUGGAGUGAUGAUUUUUGGAUGGUGCAAAAUACACCCGAUAGUUAUCGAUGCAGAAUUGUAUCACCACAGUCGAUAAAUUUUAAUCAUUCGAGAACAGAAGAGCCAAGAAACCAAAAUCGUCAGCAACAGCAAUUACCGCAACAAUCUCAAGCAGUAAGAUCGGAUAGAAGGUAUAACAAUUCAGCAACACAGCCUACAUUCGCAAACAGUGGAAAUGCAGCAUCGACUCACUACAAUCAACAGCAGCAAUCACCACAACAAUCUCAAGCGGUAAUACCGAAUAGAAGACAUAACAAUUCAGCGACACAGUCUACAUUCACAAACAGUGGAAAUGCAGCAUCGCCUCAUCCCAAUCAACAACAGCAAUUUCUAGCAGUAAGACCGGAUAGAAGAUAUAAUAAUUCAGCGCCACAGUCCACCUUCGCAAACAGUGCAAAUGAAGCAUCUAUUCAAUAUAACUCAUCGACUUAUUACAAUCAACAACAGCAUGGCCAAAUACGUUAUAACAACGAUGGUAGUAAUGAUACACGUCGUCAACAGACUCAGAGAAAAAAUCGAUAG